AUGCUGGCGGGGAGCGAGGAGGUCCUGCCUACAGAUGGCGUCGAGAGCUGUCAGUGACGUCAUCAUUGUGGCCGACGGUGCUUGGGCGAGGAGGAUCAUUUACCCUCGUAUUCUCCCUGUAUUUCUUGCUCCUCGGCGCCUCGUCUCCCUGGCCCAGACACUCUCCUGAUGCAGUACUAAAUGAGGAGAACAAAAUUCCAUAUCAAGCUGGACACAAACAUUCAGUGCCGAGGGGCUGUGCAUCAGUGGCAGUAGAUGGUGGUGGUGGUGGUGGCCGGAAUGACACACAAACAAUGACCCGUCUACCUGAGAUCUGAGGUUUGAGAUUCAAAGCCAAAGAAGAGCAAGAAGAGAACACGGGGAGAGGUUGAACUACCAGACGGAAAUUUAUUGUUUUGGAUGUCUAUAUAAGCCGCCAAAUUGAGUACAUUCGGCCACCCCUUCCCACCCUUCAGCAUGUCUGACGACGAGGAUAAACCUCCUGCUCCACCUGUCAGACUGACGUCCACAAGUGUGUUCCUGCACAGGGCGGAGACAGUCAUGGCAGUGGACAUGAGGCCCCUACCAAAGGAACCUGAGUCUGAGAAAAAGAAGCAUAAGGGACACAAGGGAGGAAAGAGGCACAAGGAAGCAGACAAACCCAACAUCUCUUACCCGACUAACUUUGAACACACCAUCCACGUGGGGUUCGAUGCUUGCACGGGAGAGUUCACGCCUACAGGGGACCAUAGCAGUUGCCAGGGUAUGCCAGACUCUUGGACCAAACUGCUCUCUAUCUCUAACAUCAGCAAGCAGGAGCAGAAGAACAACCCCCAGGCGGUUCUCGAUGUUCUCAACUACUACGAUGCUUCCACCAAAGAGCAUCAGACCUCAAAAUUUAUGACAGUCGCCAAGACCGUCGGUGAGUAUCCGUCUCCUCGGCCGAGCUAUCAGGCAGGAGUCAACACCACCACCAGCUACCCUGCCACUCCCUCACCCCACAAAAUCUCAGAUGCCUCUUCAGGAUCCCCAUCAACACCAGAAACCUGCUCAGAAGUCAGUUCUAUCCUCUGCUAUACAUCAAAGGUCCCUGAAGAAGAAGAGGAAGAACCACCACCACCUCCUAUUGCUACCCGACCUGAGCGAACUAAAUCUAUAUACACUAAACCAGUGGAGGAUGAAGCUAAUGCUAAUGGGGCAGCUUUUGAUAGCAAUCGUAACCCCCAGCAGGCCACCAGCAUCACCCCUGCACCACCCACCACCACCCCAGCACCCACGCAACCUGCAACAAACACAAGUACAAGCACAGCAAUAGAAAGGACGGCAGAGAAGCAGAAAAAGAAGAAAAUGAGUGAUGAGGAGAUUUUAGAACGACUGAGAAGCAUAGUGUCAGUAGGGGACCCCAAUAGGAAAUAUACCAAGAUGGAGAAGAUUGGACAAGGAGCCUCAGGGACAGUUUACACUGCCAUAGAGACAGCCACAGGCAUGGAGGUGGCUAUCAAACAAAUGAAUCUCUCACAGCAGCCAAAGAAGGAGCUUAUUAUCAAUGAAAUUCUGGUCAUGAAGGAGAACAAACACCCCAAUGUCGUGAACUACUUGGACUCAUACCUCGUCAAUGAAGACCUCUGGGUGGUGAUGGAGUACCUCCCUGGCGGCUCCCUCACAGACGUGGUGACAGAGACCUGCAUGGACGAGGGGCAGAUAGCAGCAGUGUGCAGGGAAGUGUUGCAGGCACUUGAGUUCCUGCAUGUGAGUCAAGUCAUUCACCGUGACAUCAAAUCUGACAACAUCCUCCUUGGAAUGGAUGGCAGUGUGAAGCUAACUGAUUUUGGCUUCUGUGCACAAAUCUCACCUGAGCAAAACAAGCGCACCACCAUGGUGGGGACGCCCUACUGGAUGGCCCCGGAGGUGGUGACGCGGAAGCAGUACGGCCCCAAGGUGGAUGUGUGGUCACUGGGCAUCAUGGCCAUUGAGAUGAUUGAAGGGGAGCCACCAUACCUCAAUGAAAACCCCCUCAGAGCAUUGUACCUGAUAGCAACCAAUGGUAAGCCUGAGAUUAAGGAGAGGGAGAAGCUGUCCCAUGUGUUCCAAGACUUCCUUGACCACUGCCUCGAUGUGGAAGUGGAGACGCGCUCCACUGCUCAUGAACUCCUCAAGCACCCCUUCCUCAAGUUGGCUCGGCCACUUUCGAGUCUCCACCCGCUCAUUGUAGCAGCUAAGGAGGCAGCCAAGAAUCACUAGGGCCCAUGUGGCUCACCCUUAGAUUAUUACCUCCCAGAUCCUGUGUGGCAGUUUGUCAUGGUCUGAGGGCGGGCAGGUCAGCCAGGCGAGGAGAGCAUUGGGCCAGACUGUGAACUCAAACACAGUGAGUGUGUGACAAGUAGAUCUGAUGAUUUGUUGACAGAAACAUGAUAAAUAGAUCAUUACUAUUGCCUCCAGUGAAUUCAAUUGCUGGUGUGUAAGAGAUUUUAUAUGCAAAUUCAUAAACAGCUGUGCUUUCAAAGAUGGGCAUCUGAGAAAAGAAGAGCAGGAGUCUGUCUGUCUAGUGAUUUUGCCUUUUGUUUGAAUAUCACUUAGGGUGGGAAAGGGGGUUUAUAUUUUGAUCUUUGAAUCUUAAGGUAUAGAAAUAAUUUAUUCAGCUUUCUCAGGAUUAAAUUAUAAUUAGUGUGAAUUUGUAACACUGCUUGAACAUAAUAUUGUGCAAACAGUUUCCUUGAUUCCAUCAAGGUCAUUUAGUUAAGGACUGUUUGUCAAUUGGUUAAUUACUUUAUUUGAAUUUUAUAUACACACAUAUAUAUAUUUUUUGGCAUGAAGCUUUCUCACUUGUUGACAGUGAUUCAUAAGCCAAAGCAGCUUUGUCCUUGUAAGAUGUGCAGCAAACACCUGUCAUCUCAUUAGAGCAGGUGGUGUAGCUAUGGUAAGAGUUGUAGCUUGAACUGUGCAGUUGACAUAUCAGUGAUGGACAGAGGUUAGUCAGCUGGCUAGCCUGCUUAGCGCCCUUGCACGUUGACUUCAGGAAUCUACAGCUACAGUAUAGAUCUGAUGAGCUUCUCAGCCACAGUGAUAAAUGUGUUAGUAAUCUCAAUUAUCUGAGAAUGUACUCUUUCAUAUGUGUUCACUUGACAUGCUAUCCUUCAUAAAUACAGGAAUGAAUUUGUAAUAACAUGGUAGACUCAAAAUGGAGCUUGUAAGUUGUACGUAACCAGCUAACUUGAGCUGUGUCUGUUUUGUAGGACUGGAUGAGUUUAGUAGAUGGACUGAAGUCAAUCAUUGGUCCUUCUGUCAGCAAACACCUGGGAUAGUAAGAAAGCAGUGAGAGGAAGCUAAGACUUACCAGUUCACUGAAAACUUAAACAUUAGCUUUUCACUUAAAAAAGAAAAAGAAAGUGAUAUUGCUCCAUUCUGCCAUGAGCCUGAAGGGUGCCAGUGGCCUGUGUGCCUCUGAUUAGUUCUAGCAAGCCCUGUAACUCCCCAUCCCCUCUGCACCUACAGACAGUAGAUUUGUGCCACAAUAUAAUGCCAAACAGUGGUCUGAAUGCAGCACUUGUAUUAACAUGAUAACAAUAUUAUCCAUCUUACAAGUUUCCAAUACCCAAGGAGAUCCUUGUUUACUGUAAAUGGACCAAUCAGUGUUUUCAUCUUCACCACUAGGCAUCCCUCAGGAGUAAGACUGAUACAGUGUUCUUUCUUUCAAUUCACACAUCAGCCAUAAAUUUCCUUCUUUUUCCAAUAAACCUCUAAGCAGUCAUAAGUGUGUACCAGGUGUCCCUUGUAAAUAGAAAUAAAUAUUUAUUUGAUGUAGAUGUGUAGCUGGUAAGAGUAUGUACUGUUAGUGCCUAUGACAAAAAUGGGAGGGGAGGGAUUGACUUGAGUACAGCUGCUGAACACAUCCCUAUCUUCAUCUGGCUGUAUCAGUCAGGAGAUAAUUGUGUAUCUAAAGUGUCACAAUUAUGCAUUAUGUUAGGGUCAAUAGUCACGAGUUUGAUGGUAGAAAUAGAAAUUUAACCUGUGCCUCAUUUUGACAUUUCAUAGUGACUUGACAGUGAAGUGGAGCAGUGGUGUCUUGACACAGGUGGUGAUGGUGGAAUUGUCUUGUGUUCUUGUGGCAGCAAUACAGGUUUGACAAAGCGCUUUAUUCAAAACAGCAGUGUUACAAUGAUGUGCUGUGGUAAGAAAUAUUGAAAGCAAGAAAGAGAUGCUGUGCAGCUUAGAUAGUGCAUAAUGUUUUGCUGCUUUUGAAUGACUGCCCACUUCUUGGAUUAUGAGCCAGAAAACUUGAGAGGUUGGUAGCACUGCCUGUAUUCUAGAUAUGAUAGAAACAUCUCAGAAGGAAAGUAGUCCUAUAAUCUAUUUCUCAAGUAUUAUUCAUCAGUCAGUAUAAUUAAUAUCAAUAACAGUACCUUACCCACACAUCUUUCAAGAUUUAGUUGGAUGGGAAUAAAAAUGUGUCAUGAAGGUACUACAUGCAUGUGUGCUGUGAGAUAGUGUGCAGUGUUAAGUGAGAGAUUAUCCUGGCUAUGUGCAACGUCAAGCAAAAAAAUUUUCCUUGGGAAGUACUCGGACAUUCAAGUGUUCUGAUUUCAAGCUCCAUUAAUACAGUCUCUCAGUCACGCAUGUCAAGUGGUGAGAGCGUCAGUGUCAACAAAUGUGCCAUAAACCCGUGCGCUGUGGCAUCUGGCAGCUUGUGAUGACUCCUAGCCAUGUGGAGGCAACUUUCAGUGCUCCAAACUGUUUUUGGUGCAUCUGUGUGUCAGGAGUAAUGCUUGGUGAGCCACAAAUCUGCUCAUCUGCUGUGGUUUGUGUUGUGUGUGUGUUACUGAGACCUGGAGUCAUACUUAAUGCCACUGAUCCUGAUCCCUCAAGGGGUUGGCAAAACAAGUCAUUUUUCCAGUGUUCAAAUAAUACCAAAUACUUCAGGGGACCAGGAAAGGGGUGGAUUUCAUGGAACGGAGUAUUUUGUGCCAGUGUUCUGCUAAUUGGUGUGUGUGUGUGUGUGUGUGUGUGUGUGUGUGUGUGUGUGUGUGUGUGUGUGUGUGUGUUAGUAUUGUCCCCCUCUCCAGCUGCUGCAAGAAAGUGUUGGGCCACCCAUGCACUUGCCACUCAACCCUUGUCUGUCAUGCCACUGGCCAAAACUUACAUUUUUAUCAGGGAUUUGGAUCUUUGACAGGAAGUUAUUGAAAGAAAUACUUGGUGAGUCAUAAUUGUGUUGGUUUACUACUUUAUCCAUGGUCAUCAUUUCAUGGUUAUGCAGUUCAUUUAAAAUUUUGUUGAAGUUUUAUAAUUUUCUUUUCAUCUUUCAUGUGAAUAAUAUUUUUGUGUAUGAUUGAACCUGUGACUUGGUAGCACUUCAAGCAGUCUCCUAACAGUGACUAACCAAUAAGGUCUUUGUGUUCCUAUCAAACUCUCUAUAAAGUUUCAUAUGCAUUGAAAUAUAAUCAUACUUUGCUGGUUCAGCUGACACAUCUCAUCAUGAAAAAGUUUAUAGUCAUGUAUGUUUGGUUAGAGAAUUAUUAUUAUUUUUUUUUUUAAGAUCGUGAAUAACAAACAAGAAAUGCAAUAAAAAUUUAAUUUAAUCAAGGAAACCUGCUUCUUUUUUCCUUAUCAGGUAUUUGUUCAUCAUUCAGUUGAUGGUAUGUAAUCUUACGACUGGGGUGCAAAAACAUACAAUCAAACUAAUUCAUGUUGGUUUUCCAAGAUUGGUUUAAUUUAAGUGGCACUUUUUACUUCAGUACAUGCUAGUUAAUUGAAGGCAUUCAUUAUUAUUACUUUUUUCAUGUAGUAGUUUUAUACCUGAUAAGAAGUUCUGGUACUGUGCUCAUCUCACAACAGAAGAGUUUUGAGCUCAGUCCCAGAUCAAGACCAUGUUCAAUGAGAGGGACAGCAGCAUUAUCCUAUCUCAGCUGUAUGUUUUAUUUGUCUAGCUUAAGGAUUCUUUAUUCAUUAUUUCAAUUCUUUAACACAAAUGCAGCCAGUCAUUGUAAUGUAAGAUAGAGAAAGAAGAAUGCUAGGAGGUCAGGAUCAUUGAGAAGAUUGUGGUUACCUUUGAAAUUGAUUCCUCCCUAAAACUGCAAUCCUCAUGUGUCCUUACAUGAUAUUCAGUCUAAUUUGAAAGAUAUUAAUGAAGUGAUAUUAACUUAACAAUUCCUGAGGGUACUAAUCUACUCCUUUCUUGGCAUGUUGGUGUAUUUAGAGGGAGCAGUUUCUUCUUGUUCUGCUGAAGGGGAGGAAGUCCAGGGCCUGUGAGGAAGGUUAGAUUUAAGUAUGUGAAGGUAAACUGCAACUGAGAUUAUGUAUAAGUGCCAGUACUUUACAGGUUAUUUUGCCAUUUUAUGUAAACUUCCUUUUGUGUUUGUGUGUGUUGUGUAUUAAUCUGUAGCAUAUAAGGGAUUUGUUUCCAAGGACCAAGUCAUGUACUGAAUAGUGAAGUGAAAGCAACUAUUGAGUGAUUUAUGAAUAAGUAUGGGUUUUCUUCUUCAGUGACUAAUGAAGCUGUAAGGGUGUCUCAAGUUUUCAGCUUUGUUAAGGAGUAAUAAACACACACACACACACACACACACACACACACACACACACAGAGCAGCAGCAGCAGAACACAUACCAUUUGAGUGUUUACUGUACAAGGUUCAGAACAGGUGCAUGUUAUGUGACUAUUUGAAGGUACUUGUGCCAGAUUAGAACUAAACCACCUAUGAGAAAAGAAUAAGAACACUUGCGAGCACUGGGACGUGAAUCAGUGUAUUGUGAACCCCCUUGGUGUACUGAACAGGAAAGAGGCAUGGAAUAUUGUGCAUGAAGCUGAAAAGUGCGAGUUAUUCAUCGUCCCUGAAAUCCUUGAACUGUGCACUUACUAUGGUUUUGGUGGCGUGAAUACUGGGAUGUGCAGCUCCUGUAUACGCUAUUUCGUCAUAAUACUGGUAUACUUUGUCAAAAUCUUAAGAAACUAUCUCAGUGUGAAAAAAAAGUCAAAACCACACCUGAGCAACGGACUCACUUGCUGUAUAGGAAAUUAAUUAAUUAGCAUUUGUGGAAACCUGCGAGGCCGUGACAUGACCGGUGCACUCCAUGGUGUUUCUCUAUGCAACGUUUUGUAAUGGCAGCGAUGAUGAACCCGAUUAUAGUGAGAUUAUGUGAAUAAAAAAUUAUGUGCA